GGGGUCAAGACCGUCCUGGGGUCCACGCCGUGAAAACAUCACGUCGGGUAUGCGGGCGGGGAGGAUGUGAGCGAGGGGUUUGCUCAGGCCCCACUGCCAGCACCACGCACGCCUCGAGGGCAGUGGCACCACCGCGCGCGUGAGACGCCCUGUGGGCCAGGCGAGGAGGGAGGGAGGAAGCGGGAGCGCGCAAAGAAGACGCCGACGCCAACGACGGCGGCCCGCGCGACUCGGAGCGCCCGCGCGCUCCCGCUCGGAGCUGCGCCUCGUCGUGGCAGGGGCGGGGGGCGGCUGCUGCCAAUAGCAGGAGCUCCGCACGCGAGUGCACCCUGGCCCCCUUCACACGGUCGGGAACUUCUGGACAGCGUGCCGCUCCGCGCAGAGGAACGGGAGGCUCGGGAAAGCUUGGCACGUGGACGCCUGAGGACCGCGCCGACGCGCGGUGGCCAGAACAGGCGGGGGAGGGGAGAAGGGGGCGCAGAGAGAGAGAGAGAGAGAGAGUGAGAGAGAGAAGGAAGCCUCCCAGAUGGCUUAACAGCGCUCCAAGAAAGCCCCAUGGCAAUCUCAAGAUGCUCCGAAGCUGGCUCCGCCCGGGAGGACGGCGGCGCAAGUUGCAGCCCUUCAGACAUAUCGCCGCACCGUUUGUUUUGAACGUGCCCAAGCAGACGAAGCCGGCGCCGCGGCAAACCUCACUGCAAACCCUGCGUCCAAGGCGGGGUUUGCCCUGGUGCCCGCGGCGUCCUCCCCUGAUCAAGCGUAGGGCCGCGCGUCGGAACAAACGGCGCGGCGACACAUGUUGGGUGCGCGUCUGGUCUACGCCAAAAUACUGCUGACGGCGAGUCUGAAGUCCUCCACCUCCUCCGGCAUCAGGCCAAUGUAGAGCCCGUCGGGAUUGUUCGCGGCGAUCCCAGUGGGGCACGGCUUCCCUUCACCGAACAUGUGCACCACCCUGUCUGCCUUGGAGCCCUCAAAAGCGGGAUUCAGAUCGAAGCCGCUCCAAUCGGAGUAUAGAAUGCUGCAUUGAUUUGGGUUGAGCAUUCCCAGCCGUUGACGUGGGAUGACAGGGCCAACUGUAGCCAGGUGAGCUUUUAUCUUGCUCAUGGUGAACAUAAUAGACUCGCUUGUGACAGAAGCAUUGACGGCCUUGUGCAACAAUUGCGCCAACUGAACCAAGGGCAGGUUAAUCAAGUCCUCAACUCUCAUUGGCACAAUUGGGGAAUUGAUCGCACCAUUUCCUAUGUAUUGCUCCGAGAUGGGCACACGUUUGCGCACAUUCAAAGCCCAACAGAGCCACGUUGUCUCAUCUUUAUCGGCCUUGCGGGCUGUCACAAACGCCUUCCAUACAAGGGCCAUGCGGAAUGUGUUCAGAGAGAAGUCAGCUGCAGAGUUUGCACCAGCUGCGGCAACCAUCCUCUUGCGCAAGGGAUCAAGCAUACCCCGUGAAAGAUCCACACGCGCGCCGACGCCGAGUAUAGGCGGUCCGUUUAACUUGAAAUCAGCCGCGGACAUGAAGCCCGCAUCUUUUGGAAUCUCUGGCGAGAUGGUGGUGUCCAGCAAGUCUUCGACACCCAUGUAAUCGUAUGCGGGCUCUGGAAAGGGCUCUCCAGAGUACUGGCUGGCCCACGCCUGAACAAAAGCAGCAAGCGAGAAAGCAUCAGCCUCCUGGUGGGAGACAAUGACCGUAAUGGUAGAAGUCCCGUCUUCCCCGGGAGAAAGAACCGCCCAAAAUGGCUUCACAGGGUCAACAACGCGAGGGCCAACAGGAGCUUCUCCAGCAGCUUCGCGUACCAAGAACACAUCUUCCCCGGACGCGGGCUGGAAAUUUUGAACUUUUUCAGCACCUCGCGGCCAGCGGCAGCCACUGCCUCCAGCGGGAGCUGCCUGCCGUAAGCGUAACGAAAUACGAGAUCCAGGGUGCCCAGGACCUUCUCUCGCACGUCGGGCGGCAGCGCUCGCGCAAGCUCCUCCAGCUGCUCUUCUGGCGCCUGCGCCAGCGCCACAGCGGCCCCCCUGCGCAGCGCCCCCGCACCCAUGGUCGCGCUGCUGAGGCCGAAACGGUCGAGGAGGGAUCGCGGGAGCGCCGAGCGGCGACAGAAGCGGGGGCAUCAGUACGAUCGACGGCACGGCGGCCCUGCACUGCUGCUCACGCAAGGCCGCCGGCGUGGCAUGCCGCGCGGAGGAGGCGGCACUUGAGCGCGAUCUUACGCGGACAGCUUG